AUGAAACCUCUCUAUUGUUGCCACCACCGCCACCUCCUCCACCACCACCCACCACCACCCACAAUCACCACCACCGGUACCUCCGUUACCACCACUAUCCACCCACUAGUAUCGUCCCCUCUACUACUGUCAACCACUACCACCGCUACCCACCACCUCCGCCACGACCACCACACAUCACCAUUGUUACCACCCGCUACACACCCACCACCCACCACCGUCAGAACCACCCAACACCACCACUAUCACCAUCAAUCUCCACCUCCACCACCAUCACCACCUCUACCACCACACUACCUUCCACCUCCACCACCACUCAUCACCAUGACCAUACCAUCACUGCCACCACCACUCAUCACCAUGACCAUAACAUCACUACCACCACCACCAUCAUCGCCUCCACCACCAUUUCCACCUUUAUCACUACACCAUCCACCACCUCCGCCACUACUUAUGACUGCCACCAUCACCAUCACAAUUACUACCACCACCACCGUCAUCACAUCCGCCACUACCCACCAUCACCUUUGUUGUCAUCAUCACCACUAUUUCCACCAUCAACAUCAUUGGCACCAUCACCAUCAUUUACUAAUUUUAUAA